AUGGACCUCGCGCCGCCCUUAGGCGUCACUCAAUUGGCCACUGCUGCUUGCCUGCUCGCCGCGGCCUUCGUGUACCACAAAGGCACGCCAGCAACACGAGCUACGGAGCACACAUUGGCAACAAUUACAGCCGGUGUUGUCCCGUUUGUUUGUGGACUGACAUGGCUCAAGUUGGUCACGAAAGCAGUGCCUGAGCCAUACCUGGACGAGGUGUUCCACAUACCGCAAGCGCAGGUGUACUGCGAGGGAAGAUAUUUUGACUGGGAUGACAAGAUCACCACACCACCAGGCCUAUAUCUUUUGAGCAUCUGGCUCAUCCAGGGCACGGCAUGCUCCGCAAGAAACCUUCGCAUGGUCAAUGUCGGCAUUGUCGCCUGCAUUGCAAUUGUCGCGGCACUAUGCCUCGAGCUCCAGCGGCGAAAAAGACCAUCCCAGCCUGCGGUCGGCGCUCUGGGCGCUGGAACAAAUGUUGCUCUAUUUCCGGUCAUCUUCUUCUUCUCCGGCCUUUACUACACGGACGGGGCAUCGACGUUGGUCGUACUGCUGGCAUAUUGGAGCCAUCUUGUUCGCGCCGAACAAACACGGCCGUCAAUCUUGUCGGAUCUUAUGACCAUCAUUCUGGGUCUGACAUCACUCGUCAUGAGACAGACCAAUAUCUUCUGGGUAGUCGUCUAUAUGGGUGGCCUCGAAGCCGUCAAUGCUGUCAAGGGUUUACAGCCAGAACCGGUGGAGCGCCCGCAGUCUGACAACCUGAUCACAGAGGUCAAGUUCUACUUGUCAAGGUAUGCGGUAGGAGAUGUUCAUGAUCCAUCUCUCACCAUAGCUACGCCCAUCGUGGACGUUGCGCUCUGUGCAAUCAGCCUCCUGGCUGCUGGUGCAUGUAAUCUUCUGCCUAUUCUCCGCCGAAUAUGGCCUCACAUAACUGUCCUGUCCGCCUUUGUGGGCUUCGUGGUCUGGAAUGGUGGCGUUGUUCUCGGUGACAAGUCGAACCACGUUGCAACGCUACACCUCGCACAGAUGCUCUAUAUCUGGCCGCUCUUUGUCUUCUUCUCGGCACCCCUCGUCUUGUUGCCGGUCCUCCAGCUAGUGCAACACGCAUGGGCAAGCCUCACUGAGCAAAACAGGCACAGCAAGCCAACCACCAAACCUUCCCAAACCAUGACCGCCUCUUUCGCCACGAGCCAGCUCGCCCAGGGUGUCAUUGUGCUCACCGCGGCUCUGGGCGUGGCAGCAGGGGUGGUCCAUUUCAGCACCAUCAUUCAUCCCUUCACACUCGCCGACAACAGACACUACAUGUUCUACGUCUUCAGAUACUCGAUCCUGCGCGCGUGGUGGGUUCGCUUCGCGCUUGUGCCCGUGUACGUUGCCUGCGCUUGGCUAUGCUGGAUUACUCUGCAGGGACGUUGGGAUGGCAGUACCGUCGCCGGCCCACAAGACUGCCAGCAGCGCAAUCGCUGGGUCUGUAGCCCGUGGUGGACCGAAGACUCGGUCACGGCUUCUCGCGGUGGUCAUGAGAGCAUCAUCAUCACUGGCCAGAAGGCCGACAAGAAGCAGGUCCAAGGGCGGCACAGUCUGGAAACGAACGAGCCAACAGCGCCAAGUACCUCGACAGUCUUGAUCCUGCUCGUCGCCACGACGCUGUCCCUGAUGACGGCCCCGCUGGUGGAACCGCGGUAUUUCAUCCUGCCUUGGGUCUUCUGGCGCCUUCUCGUGCCCGCGUGGCCGUUGUCCAUCCCGACGCCAGAGACCCGGCCAUCGCCGCGGCCACCAGCGAGCUCACACGUACCCGAUCAGAGGGGGCAAAGCGCAGCCCUCAGCGCAAAGGAGUCCAGCAGCUCGCCGGCCCGACCAUGGUGGGCGAGGUUCGACGUUCAGAUCCUGCUCGAGACGGUGUGGUUUGGCAUCAUCAAUGCCGCGACCAUGUACAUCUUCCUCACGCGCCCGUUCUACUGGAAGAACCCGGAUGGCAGUCUGGCCGACGGCGGGCGGGUGCAGCGGUUCAUGUGGUGA